GCUUUUCUCUGCUUCUCCAAGAUGGCGGCUGUUGGCGGCGCCGAGGCGGGAUCCGAGCGAGCCCAGUGAAGACCUGGUCCUGUAGACGAGAAGGAGCCUGGACACAGUGACACAUUCUCAAAGGCCCUGCAAGACCACCAUGGCUUAUGAUGACUCCUUGAAGAAAGAAGACUGCUUUGACGGAGAUCACAGCUUUGAGGACAUUGGACUGGCAGCUGGCAGAAGCCAACGAGAAAAGAAACGUUCUUACAAAGAUUUUUUAAGGGAAGAGGAAGAAAUCGCUGCUCAGGUCAGGAAUUCUUCCAAGAAGAAGUUAAAGGAUAGUGAACUUUACUUCUUGGGGACGGACACGCACAAGAAGAAGAGGAAGCACUCCUCUGAUGAUUACUACUAUGGAGGACAGUGGUUCUUGUUCUGAGUGCCGAUAAACCUGUGUGAAGGAGGAGAGAGGUGGAGGGCUGGUAUUUUGGAGGAUUCAGCAUAGAAGAACAGUCUUCAUUUGUGAUACACCAGACAUUUCGGCUUUGGAAUCAUCACAGAAGAAAAAGAAAAGACCUAGCCCACAGCCCACAGAUACAGCUAUGGACCUACUAAAGGCUAUCACGUCCCCAUUGGCCACGAGCUCCAAGGCCUCCAAAAAGCCAGGGGAGAAAUCCUCCAGUUCUUCAGGCCACUCGGAGAGUAAAAAGGAGCACCAGCACCACAGGAAGAAAGGCAGUGGGGGCAGCGGGGAACUGUCCCUGGAGGACGGCAGCGCCCACAAGCCCAAGAAGAUGAAGCCACUCUACGUUAACACGGAGACGCUGACCCUUCGUGAGCCCGACGGCCUGAAGAUGAAGCUCAUCCUCUCGCCCAAGGAGAAGGGCAGCAGUUCGGUCGACGAGGAGUCUUUCCAGUACCCUUCUCAGCAGUCGGCUGUGAAGAAAUCCUCCAAGAAAUCAGCUCGGGACGAGCAAGGGCCUCUGCUGCUGGGGCACGAGCUGCAGAGCUUCCUGAAGUCGGCCCGCAAGAAGCACAAGUCCUCUGCGGACCCACACGCGUCGCCAGGCCCCGAGGGCCCCGAGGCUGCCCAGUUCCCAGAACCCCACAGUGCUAACCUGGAACUCUCGGGGAUUGAACCUAUCCUGGUGGAGUCGGACUCCUCCUCCGGUGGAGAACUCGAAGCCGGAGAGUUAGUGAUAGACGAUUCCUACCGGGAAAUCAAGAAGAAGAAGAAGUCAAAGAAGAGCAAAAAGAAGAAAGACAAGGAGAAGCAUAAAGAGAAGAGGCACUCCAAAUCCAAGAGGAGCUCAGGACUUUCCAGUGCAGCCGGGACCGUGACCGUGGGAGAGGUAGCCAUGACUCCUGCCCCUCCCCCCAACACCCCCUACCCUGCCACGGCGGCUGCCCCUCCCCCACCGCUUCCUGGCCUCCACACAGAUGGGCAUAGUGAGAAGAAAAAGAAAAGAGAAGAAAAGGACAGAGAAAGAGAAAGGGGAGAAAAGGCAAAAAAGAAGAACAUGUCGGCCUACCAGGUGUUCUGUAAAGAAUAUCGCGUGACCAUUGUGGCUGAUCAUCCAGGUAUAGAUUUUGGGGAACUUAGUAAAAAAUUGGCUGAAGUGUGGAAGCAAUUGCCAGAAAAAGACAAACUAAUUUGGAAGCAGAAAGCACAGUAUCUGCAACACAAACAGAACAAAGCAGAAGCUACAACUGUCAAAAGAAAAGCAUCCAGCUCAGAGGGCUCCAUGAAGAUGAAAGCUGCUUCUACGGGAGGACUGUCCCCCCAAAAGAAGUCCCCACCCAGCACGUGGCUGGGACCAACCUCGCCAGCCAAAGCUCCGGAGACGGAACCCAUUGAUGUUGCUGCUCAUCUCCAGCUGCUGGGAGAGUCCCUCAGCCUCAUCGGGCACCGCCUGCAGGAAACCGAGGGAAUGGUGGCUGUGUCCGGCAGUCUGUCUGUGCUCCUGGAUUCCAUUAUCUGUGCCCUUGGCCCCUUGGCUUGUCUGACCACACAACUACCUGAAUUGAAUGGCUGUCCCAAGCAGGUCUUGGCCAACACGCUAGACAACAUUGCUUACAUCAUGCCUGGGCUCUGACAGCAAGGACUCAUGGGACAGAAAGCUUAUCCUGCCCCAGCGCUGGCGUGCUUCUAUGUGACUGUUCCAAAUCCCUUCAAUGGCCUCGGUGUAGGUUUUAAAUUUUUAUAU